AUGUACGACAUUUGUAAAUCUACAGGAGAGGAGUAUGACAUUCGGGUAGGGACCAGUUUUUCGAGCAGGUAUCCCUGCACCAGUGGGGUUCCUCAAGGUGGAGUGUUAUCCCCUUUACUAUUUCUGAUAUAUACCGUGGAGUUGCCUCAACUUCUGAAAACACGUCCCGACAUCCGAGUACAGAUUUACGCGGAUGACAUUAAGGUAUAUUGCGCAUAUGACGCUGACGAUAGGGAUGUCAUGCACCAAGCGCAGUCGCUCCUCGGUGCUCAAAAACUUGUUGCUUUUCAAAGAUGCAAUGUUGCAACUAUGUGUAUAAUUCACGUACUUCCAAAAGAAGAAUACGGAGAGAACAGAACGCAGAUAGAGCGAAGAUAUACAUAUAUCGAUAUAGAUAUCUAG